AUGAAUGUCACCACCAAACCCACUACUGCCCUAGAACGCAGGAGCUCUUUAAUUAUGCCCAUCCAGUGCGUCCCGACGACUAAUGGUACUGGAACGCACUGGAUGUGCUGCCGCCACUCCUGCCGCUACUCCUGCCGCUCAGGAGGCUCACCGAGAGCAGUGCAGGAGCUGACCAGCAGACGGGUGGCAGCAUCCAUGCUGAGCUGUAGGCAUGGGAGCUUAGCAGGGCCGGAUUUCCAUUUCAGGCACCUUUUGGGCACGAGUGGAAAUCUGUUUAGCCUGAACCUGCGCCCGCACCUGCUGCAGGACCAGCCGGCUUUCACGUAUGCAGGGAAGGACCAGCCGGCUUUCACGUAUGCAGGGGAGGACCGGCCGGCUUUCACGUAUGCAGGGGAGGACCGGCCGGCUUUCACGUAUGCAGGGGAGGACCGGCCGGCUUUCACGUAUGCAGGGGAGGACCGGCCGGCUUUCACGUAUGCAGGGGAGGACCGGCCGGCUUUCACGUAUGCAGGGGAGGACCGGCCGGCUUUCACGUAUGCAGGGAAGGACCCCGGCUUUCACGACAUGAGUGCAAAGAUGAGUUUGCAGCACCACAAACCUGUUUCCAAUGAAAAUCAGAUUAACGUUCGGAAUGUGUCAAAUAGGAUGCUACCAAUUCAUUUCCCUCCAACUAAAACUGUGCUCUGGGACUCGACACCCAUCGGGGAGCCGAUAGGGUUACAUUUCAGCUAUUACAGGAAUCCUCACUUGUUACUGUCUGAAAAAGCUUUGCGGCUCGCUUACCGACACGCGAAGACUGAGAGAAGAGUUUUCUGUUGUUUCUUACUUGGAUCUUUCUCUGUGGAUGAUGAUGAGGAAGGUGUAACCUUGACAAUUGAUCGGUUUGUUCCCGGUCGGGAGAAAUCUGGCGUUGUGGGGAAGGUUCCUUCUGCUCUCUUACCUGGAGAUUUUGUUAUUCCUUGCUCUGUAUAUACCAGAGAGUCCGCAGGAAAUAUCACUCUGCAUACUCCAGAGGAGUUUGCAUCUUCUUUUAAGGGUCUGCAGAGCCAUCUCCACUGCAAAGAAGCCUUGGAUCUUUCAAAAUUGCUCACCGUGAGAGCUCAUAUCACUUACUCGGAGAACAUGGACAAUCUUCACUUUGAUCUUCGCUGGGCGGCUGUCACGGUAGCAAAUUCAUUUGAAAGUACUCCCAUAAAGCCUGUCCCAAUUAUACCCACCGCCCUAGCCAGGAACCUGAGCAGUCACAAUAAUAUUGCACAGCUUCAAGGAACACACAAAUGCGGGUAUAUUUUGCUUCUUGUCCUAGAGUCUGAUCCAAAGGCUUAUACUCUUCCACUUGUCGGGAUCUGGCUGAGUGGGAUCACACACAUUCACAGUCCACAGGUUUGGGCCAGCUGUCUGCGCUACCUGUUCAGCUCAUCAAUUAAGGAAAGGGUGCUUUCAGAGUCUGGCAGCUUCCUCAUUGUUCUCUACUCACUGACCCACAAGGAGCCUGAGUUCUACGAGUGUAUUCAAGGUAUUGGCCAUGAUCCGCUUGGCUACCAGUUGCUGGCCUGUGAAGAUUCUAUCCAUCUAUUCAAAAACGUGGAAUCCUCCAAACAGUCAUCCUUGUUGUUUGAGCUUACCACUGAGAGUCAGAAUUCUGAAGCAUAUCUGCUUAGUGAAGUUUCCAAGACUGUUUCGAAUGCUGGAAAACACCAUGCAUCUCCCACUAAGUUAUCAGUAAGUGACCACGAUUCUGGAGUAGAAGAUGAGGAUUUCUCUCCUAGGCCUUCGCCUCACCCUCAUCCUUCAUUCCAACAGGUGACUAAAAUCCACCCAUCUGUCCCUGAACUCUCUUUGGUGUUUGGAAGUGUUGUAGAACCAAAACCUGCAGUACAAAAUUUACAGAUCAACAAUAAAAAGGCUCCUUCGUUGUCCUCGACACCAAAGGUUGUAAACAAUCAGUUUAUGACCAGUUCAUAUCCCCAUCACGAUUCAUAUGGGAAGGAAUCUAUGCCAAAACCUUUACCUGUUCCUUUCAAAACUUGCACACCUACAGCCACAAAGCUGUCCAGGGGGAAGUCUUCUGCAGGGGACAAAGCACAUUACCACAGCAAUGGCCAGCCGAGAAGAAGCUCCACAUCAUCCUCCACUUCAUCCUCCUCACAUUCCACACCUCGAACUGGCUCAUCACCGGACACAUCUGUACAUCAGGUCAAAGGCUCAUCUGAACUUGACCUAAGAUGUAGCGUGAGCGGACCUUGUCCAGAGCCACCACCACUGACCUCUUCGCCUUAUUCUAGACAGUCAUCCUUGUCUCCCAACCACAAUGCGACCUUUCCCCUUCAGACAAGGCCACUUUCUGAUGGCCAAAAACCAACGCAGAAUUUUAGUACUUGCCGCCAUCAGACCAAUAUCUGCAGCUGUUGUGUUGGUAUUGGUCCUGUUCAGUGCCACUCUCCUACCUCCUGGCCAGCUGUGAGUCAUAUCAGCCACAGGAGCCCGGAGAGCCAAUCGGAACCUCUUGGAAAUGUAAUGCCGUUUUAUCAGAAUAUGCCGUGUCCGAAUGCUUGUUGCAGCCCCGUGUUAAUGAACUGUGGCAGAACGGCAAGGUGUGCCACUCCUGUAGAUGGUGCCAACUCUCCUGGCAGAAGGGACUCUUUGCCGGUAAACUCGUGCAGCUCUAACCCAUGCAUGGUCAUGACACCUCCUUCAAUUCCUGGACCCAGUGGCAUGUGGGGACUGUCCACAGAGGCCUACCAGUUAUUAACAGAACAAGACAAGCAGCUGAAACUUCUGCAAGCUCAGAUCCAGCGUUUGCUUGAAGCCCAGGCGUCUCAGGGUGAAUUCAAACCUUCCCGCGCAGAAAAAGCAGCAGAAUCUGUAGCCACGGAGACUGAGAGUUCUGAGCCCAUGCUGAAGACCAGUGUGAGCAUUGCAGUCGGCACAGGUGCGAGUCUGUAUUGGAACCCCCCACCAUGUCCUGAGGAAGAGGAGUCCCUGAACAAACAGGAUGAGUCUGAGCUAUGUAAUGUUCUGACUGCUGCUGUGAACAAUGAGCAAGAUACAAGCAGCACCACCAUCACUUCCUCCUUAAAAUCCGUGGACAUGUACAGCUUUGCAGAGAGCAGUCAGCUGACAGACUGUGCUGGCCAUUCUCCUCUUGCACUGCAGCCCAUAUGUAAUACAAGGAACGAGCCUCAGUCUUCUCAGCUUCUGCAUGAUGGGCGAUCUUCAACAAGUGCCAGCGGUUAUGAUGCAUCUCAAGAGCACCCGGAAAACCAAAAGACUUCAGAUCAUGGAUUGUCUGUCCCCAGCCUGGCUUCAGAGAGGUUUUAUCAAGGUUUACUUAACCAAGUCAACAAUUUGCUGAAGACCUCGUCCUCUGCCAGUGAGGAGUCUUGUGAAAAUAUUUCCAGGGUUAGUUCCAGAGCAAGCGAAUCUGUUUCUGAGAAGCCCAGGGAUUAUGUGGCACGCAACCCCCGCCGUAGUGACCAACACAGUGUACAGAAGGCCACACUCAAGCAGCUGAAGUCUCUGGGAGUGGAAAUUGGCACUCAACCAUCUGAAGUGAAGCUGAACAGUGCAGACACUGCUGACAAUGCAUGUGUCUUGGCUUGUAUUAACCCAGAUGCCAUCAUCCCAAGACUAAACUACAUGUCCUUUACAAAUCUUGGCUUGAGUGGCUUUGUGCCCAGUGGAGUUGAUUUAAGUAUGGAAGCCAAUGCCAUCGCCUUGAAGUAUCUGAGCGAGUCCCAGCUGACCCAGCUGUCCCUCAGCCACACCAACCGGAACAAAGAUCUAGACUCUUCCUCCUUCCAUAAUCUUUUUCCUGGGACCUCUGAGAGGAGCAUGGUCGGGCUAAGUCUAAUUUCACCAAACAAUAUGUCGUUUGCCACUAAGAAGUACCUGAAGCGUUAUGCCCUAAUGGAGAGCAAUGACAGCAGUGAUGAUGAGGAUCCACCUUCAGAAACCGGUUACACAGUGGGCCAAACUGAUAGAAACAAGGUUUUCUCUGAUCUGUCCGACAAUAAUCCGAGCCUGGAUUUGAGUUCUGAAUCUAAAGCAACACCUAGAGCAUCAGACAAAGCCUCAGUUGAAUUUGUAUAUCAUCCGGAGGGAAAUAAAUUGAGAAACAUUACAAACGAGAUGCCAAAAAAGGCUUUUCCAACUGUACAAACAUCCGAUGAGGCAUCUCUACAUUUUCUUAAAGACAUUAACCCUAGAUCCAAGCUCUUGUCAGAGAAUACACAAUUUAAAGGCCACCACGAUAAAGAGAAUGGUCGAAACUCACCGCUUUUUAACACAAGAGACGCAAAUUCUUUGGGGAGAAAAGUGACGGGUCCAGCGGGUUCUCUUGAGGACAUUUUAGAUGUCGACCAUCUUCGGCAGCUCCCCAAACUGUUCUAAGAUCUUUUCUCAGUGAUCAUUUGGGAUGCAUCAACCAGUUAAUUUGCAUUUCCUUCCUAUGGAAGUUAAGAACCCAAAGAACUGCAAGUUCCUCAUUCAAAGGGAGUUUCUACCUUCAGAUGUUUAAAAACCUUUUGGC